CGCCUCCUGUGGGGAACACCACAUGGAUUCGGCAUGGUAGUAGUUACUGGUAAGAAUAUUAAUUACAAAUUGAUGCAUUAUUUUAUGAAAGUAGUUGUUAUCCACGAUCAGCUAUAUAAGCACACAUUAACAGUGUCAAAGGACAGCAUAAGCACAACGUACUCAUCACAUUCAAAUACUUUAAAGAUGAGGAAUAUUGAAGUUCUCUCCAGGGAGACAAUCAAACCAUCAACUCCAACAUCCCAACACCUCAGAAACCAUAGACUCUCUUUAUUAGACCAACUUUCAAUCCAAUUUUAUGUCCCAGUCAUACUCUUCUAUGAUGAUCAUGCACGCAGUAGUAGUGAUGAUGAUCAUUUGGAAAGAUCAAACCUGCUCAAGAAGUCUCUAGGAGAAUGCUUGAGUCGCUAUUACCCGUUGGCCGGCACAAUUCGGGAAGAUUUCUCAGUUGAUUGCAACGAUGAGGGCGUGGAGUAUGUUGAAGCCCGGGUGGACUGCAAGCUCUCUGAAGCUAUUAAGAAACCGACUUUCGAGUUGUUGAACCAGUUGCUACCAUUUGAUCCAUAUGGUAAUAAUGUGACUGGACGUACCGAAUUAGCACCUGUAGGUGUUAAAUUCAAUAUAUUUGAAUGUGGAGGUGUGGCAAUCAGUGUGUGUGUUUCACACAGGAUCGCGGAUGGAACUUCUUUGGUUACAUUUCUAAACGCUUGGGCAGCUAUGUCCAGAGCCAGUACAAGUACUAGUGAAGCUGAUGAUCAGAAACAACAAUAUCCCAUUUUCGACGCAGCAUUGCUAUUCCCACCCAGAGAUAUGCCAGGAUUCAAGCUUCAGACAGCUGAUCAGACAUCCACAGGAUAUGAGAAAAUCGUGACCAAAAGGUUUGUGUUCGACAAAUUUAACAUCAUUGCCCUCAAACAACAUGCAACAUCAUCGUUAUCACAAUCUGGUGUUGGUGUGUGUUGUGAGGAGGUACAAAAGUACCCCCCAACCCGCGUUCAGGUGGUUUCAGCACUAAUUUGGAAAACUUUCAUGACCGCAAUUCGAUCAAAAUCCAAACCGGGGAAGAUGUGUGUUGCAAUUCAUUCAGUCAACUUGCGGGAGAGGAUGGUACCACCAUUGCCGAAUCACUUCUUUGGAAAUCUUUGGCAAACUACAAUGGCACCAACAACGGUAGAUGGCGACAAAAAUUUUGGUGGCUUGGUGCGUUUGAUAGGGAAUUCUGUGAGGGAAAUCAAUGACGAGUAUGUGAGAAGGAUAAUAAUGGAUGAUGGUUUUGUGGAUUCAAACAAUAAGGAACGUGAACGAACUAUAAAGGGUGAAAUAGAGUUCUUUGGGUUCAGUAGUUGGAGUAGAUUUCCAUUCUAUGAGGCUGAUUUUGGUUGGGGAAAGCCUACAUGGGUGUGCACUCCAAUUGUUCCAUACAAAAAUGUGUGUGUUUUGAUGAGCACUAAAGAAGGGGAUGGAAUUGAGGCAUGGGUGAACCUGUUGGAAAAAGACAUGGCUAUCUUCGAACGAGACCUAGACCUACUCUCAUUUGUUUCCUCUGUAUUCUAGUGAUGAUCGCUGUAUAAUGUAUUAUCCUUCCAAGAUAUUAGAUAUUCUAAUAAGGAUAUAUGAUGUCCCUGUCCAUUUGUCUGUUUGAUCCAAUAUUUUCCCCUGUAAUUUCUUUCAUUGUUGUAUGUACUACGUAUUACUAUAUGUUACAAUGCUUUGGGUGUUGAAUAUUAAUGAUGAUAAAAAUGAAUCUCGAUUUUCAUUUUCUA